AAACUAAUAGUCUUGAUUGGAUUUGGACUGUUGGACAUCAAUUUUUCCGGGCGGAAGAGAGGCUCCAUAUUUGCCAACUAUUUCACUGUGCUGAAGCUGCUUUCAAAUUUGCAAUUAUUCGGUAGUCGUCUUCGUACCUGAUUGAGAAAGUUCUUGUAAGAGAAAGUUUCGGAAAUGCAGAUUAUUGGGAUAGAGUUCUGGAAAAAUGCUGCCUCAGGGGUUGAAAAAGGCUGUAACAGACAACCCUAAGAAAGUUGCUGAGCUGAUCGACCUUGUGAAUCUGCCGACAGUACUCCGAGAUUUCAUGGGCCAGUCUCAGAGUUCCCAGCUCAAUUGCUUCAGGCGGGUUUGGUCUUAUGUCAAGGAGAACAAUCUUCAGGAUCCAGUCAAUAAGAAUGUCGUAAAUUGUGAUCAAAAGCUGAUGAGCAUCCUCUUGGGAAAGUCUAGGGUUGAUCUUACCGAACUUCCUACGUUGGUUAAGUUGCACUUUCCAAAGCAGCGCAAAUGAUUUGCUCAAAGCUCGGUAAAGUUUUUAUCUAUCCCAUCUGAUUGAUACUCAUGUUAUGAGUAGUUUGAAACACUUAGUUACUUCUUUAACUGCUCUUCAAAGUUUUCACUUCUGCAUAAUCCUAUUAGAUAAUGCUUUGCAGACUGUUUAGUUAUGCUGUGAAAUUCUUCAUGAAUAGUAGUUCCUAUAUAUAUUGAUAUUUAUAGGUCUCUGUUUUUCAGUUGAGUAA